ACUCAGCCUGUAUAAGUGGCCGUUACUUUGGCCACUUCCAGUCCGGGGGCUGUCCGCUGUCAAGUGUCAAAAUGGCAAACGCAAUUUUAAACACGUUUUUACGCAAACUGGGGCCCCUUUCAGCCCCCAAACUGGUCCUAAACAACGGCGCUGCGCUACUGCACACCAGUGGCAAUAAAAAAGCGAAAUGGUACCCCGACCCCGAAUACAUGGCGCAAUUCGACGGCCCGGUCAUGUACCCCGACGAGGUCACCAGCAAAUGGGUGCUACCCCCAUGGAACGCCCAGAAAGCCCCCGUCGAACGGUCGGUCAAAAACCUCACUUUGAACUUUGGGCCCCAGCAUCCGGCCGCCCACGGGGUCCUGCGGCUGGUGAUCGAGUUGGACGGGGAGAUGGUGCGGCGGGCGGACCCCCACAUAGGGCUCCUCCACCGCGGGACGGAGAAACUAAUCGAGUACAAGACCUACACGCAGGCUUUGCCCUACUUUGACCGCCUUGACUACGUCUCGAUGAUGUGCAACGAGCAGUGUUACAGUCUCGCUGUUGAAAAACUCCUAAAUAUUGAUGUGCCCCUUAGGGCCAAAUACAUAAGAACGCUGUUUGCGGAAAUUACGCGCAUUCUGAACCAUAUUAUGGCCGUGGGGACGCACGCUCUGGACGUGGGGGCCCUGACUCCGUUCUUUUGGCUGUUUGAGGAGCGUGAGAAAAUGAUGGAGUUUUACGAGAGGGUGUCGGGGGCCCGCAUGCACGCGGCGUAUAUCAGGCCAGGGGGCGUUUCUCUGGAUAUGCCGCUAGGUCUCAUGGACGAUAUUUACGAAUUUGCGUCGAAAUUUGGCGAAAGACUUGACGAAGUUGAGGAUGUUCUCACUACGAAUAGGAUUUGGGUGCAAAGGACGCAAGAUAUUGGGGUUGUUUCGGCCGAAGAUGCCCUCAAUCUUGGGUUCAGUGGGGUCAUGUUACGGGGCUCCGGAAUAAAGUGGGAUUUGCGCAAAGUUCAGCCCUACGACGCGUACGAUUUGGUCGAUUUCGACGUCCCAAUUGGGGUAAAAGGCGAUUGUUACGAUAGAUACCUGUGUCGCGUUGAAGAAAUGAGACAGUCGCUCCGAAUCAUCGACCAAUGUCUUAACAACAUGCCACCGGGUGAAAUAAAGACAGACGACGCCAAACUCACACCUCCCAGCCGAGCUGAAAUGAAGACGUCAAUGGAAGCCCUCAUCCACCACUUCAAGCUGUUCACGCAGGGCUACCAGGUGCCCCCCGGCGCCACCUACACCGCAAUCGAGGCCCCGAAGGGCGAGUUCGGGGUUUACUUAGUCUCAGACGGGGGCUCCAAGCCCUACCGCUGCAAAAUCAAGGCGCCCGGCUUCGCCCAUUUGGCGGCCCUGGAAAAAGUGGGGAAAAACCACAUGCUGGCCGACAUUGUGGCCAUUAUCGGGACCCUCGAUGUGGUCUUCGGCGAAAUCGAUCGAUAAUUUUAAGUGUAAAUAAAUAAUGAAUCAAUAAAUAGGUUUAAAUAAACUAAAAAAUUAUAUUUA